CUCAACAGCUUUUUCUGUGCAAUUUGUUGGCACACUUCUGGCUGACCAUGCUGACUUUCACAUGUUUGGAUGACCUCCACUGUUGACAGGCCUGGAAAAUGGCUGACUCUUGAUAUUGACCAGUCUGCAACAGUGGAACAACAGAAGGUUUGAAGAUGAUUUGAACCAAAGACAAAGUCUGUUAAACCCACAUUAUGACUGAGUUCGAAGCCUCUGGGGUGGGGGAGCAUCCCCCGCCCUACAUGAUCUUUCUGGUGGUCUUCCUCUUCUUCCUCACUGGACUGCUGGGCUUCCUCAUCUGCCACCUGCUGAAGAAGAAGGGUUACCGCUGCCGAACAGGAGAUUUGGAUGAUGAAGAGGAGGAGAAGGUUGGAGGAGAUGCAGACGAUGAGGAUGAAGAGAACCAGGAUACAGUGGAACAAAUCCUCAAAUGCAUCAUUGAAAAUGAAGCUAACAUGGAAGCCUUCAACGAGAUGUUGGGAAACCACAAUCUCUGUGUGCGUCAUGAUGCCAGGUUGCGUAAGGAGUCUAUUGGUGGUGUUCCUCCCCAUCACCACACGGUCCACUCAGGCACCGAGCACAACUCCUGCCACCUCUGUGCUCAGGUUCGAUCUAAAAAAGGCCGUAGACACAGCAGAACACCCCGACCAAGACAACGGCCUGGAGAACAGACUGUCUUCUCUGUUGGCAGAUUUCGGGUGACGCACACUGAUAAGAAGCUUCAUGGAGGCCCCAAUCCAUUGGUCAGUUCAGGGGACCAGCUGGACCAAUCCCAGGACAGCGAGGAGCGGAAGGAAGGCGGGUACAACUUGAGGAGCAUGUUCAAGGAUGCCCACCCUUCCUCAGAGAGCACUAAUGGGGUUGCCCCAAAUGUGGGGAAACGAAAGAAGAGUGUGACCAUAUUUGGGUUGAGGAGGGGCAGUGACCCUGUUGGCAUUAAAGGACUGGAGGGAACAGGUAGGGAGACUGGAGGUGUAAAAUUUGCUAUUCAGCAGCAACCUAUCGUGCUGGAGGAGCUGGUGCAGGCAGAGAAUAUUGAUAUUGCCCCUGAUUAUGGUACAAAACCUGGUUCCAAACUUGGAAGUGAGCUAUCAAAGAAUCAAACCCUUGUUCCACCACAACAAGAGGCUAAAACAGCAGGUUCUGUUAAUUCUCCUUCUCCCCAAAGUAAAAAACAGGCCCAUAAUUUGAGCUCUACUCGUGAGGAUGGCUCUAAACAUAGGCCUAGCCCUGAACCUCGUACAAACAGUCCAAUCAAACCGUCAUUUGAGAGUAUGGCAACUUCUGCUCCCAGCUCACUACUCAUUCCAUCUCCCACUUUGCCCAGACAGACAACGGAGAAACAAGGACAUGUCAAGGAUAAAGUGUUAAAAAAUGAGGAGGAUUAUGAUCCCGGGCCCCUGCAGACCUCUACACCAAUCGUCCCCAUAGCAGGAUCCAUUCCAGGUUUCGCUCCUGUCGUUCCUACUGGUCAACCUGAAUCCUGUCCUAGCACAGUUUCUCCAGUCAUCCAAACUCCCCCUGACCCAAGCUCCAGCCCAGAUCUGGAGCCAGGUUUUGGUGCUAGCCUAGCUUUAAUAAGUUUGGGCUCAUCUCCUCCGUCUUCAUUCCCAAUCAAGACCCCAUCUUCAGCCUCUUCAUUACAAACUCCUACCUCAUCCGAGGCAGUCAUGCCAAGCCCCAAACUAAGCUCAAGAAAUACGCCAUCAGAGGCUGCAAAAACUGCCUAUUCCCUGGCCCUCACUCCAAGCCCCAAACUCCCAUCGGGCCGAGCACUUUCUAGCCAAUCUCCUAUUUCAUCAAAAAUUUCUAGUCCAUUACAAGCCCGAACUCCGUCACCUGCUCUUAGCGCUAGCCCCAAACUUGACACCAUGCCAGUCUCACCACAAACUCCCUCUUCUUCUCCAGCUGGCCAAAACCCAUCCUUGAGCAGGUCACCUAAUCUGACUUUGAAGUCAGGAAGUAUUAUGUCUGUAACACCUAUGACCAAAGGGGAUAUGGUUUCAAGCCCAUUAUCUCUAAAGGACCAACAGCUUGAAGUAGCCAGAAUCCCAAAGACAGAAGAGAAGACAGAAAUAAAGAGGGUUGGGAUCCUGAAAACAGCUAAACUUUCGCCAGUUGAGGGAGAUUUUAAAGGUUCUGCCCUGUCCUCUCCCUCUGAUCAGUUUUCUAAAGACAGGCUUAGCAGUUUGCCUCUGUCACCCUCCAGCCCACUGUCCCCCUCCUCGCCUGUAGGGAGCAGAAUAAGUAGUGUGACCGUUGUCAAAGCCAGCCCAGACAGCAAGAGAGAGUUUUCUGUUGCCACUGUGUUGGAGGAUGAGGCAUCUCCUACAUCAAUAAAAGACCAGAAAGGAGAGUCUUCUGAACCUGGGGUUGAAGCAGGAAUUAGUCCAGCAGCUGGUCAUUUAGGAGAGGUUUCUGUUUCAUAUAUUGGACAACCUGACAGUCAAAGAGGAGAGACUUCUUCGGCAGAGGUUAGGUCAACAGUGAGCCAAGACAAAGAUGACAUGGUGGAGAUGGAAGAUAUUAGAGAUUGUAAGGUGAUGCAGGUACAAGAAGCAGAGAGGGUGGAGGCGGUGGUGGAGAAGAUGGUACACACUCAGUCAAAACAGGACUGAGGGGUGAACUCUCAAGAUGGUGAAAAGUUCAAGCUGUCCUGUGAUAUUCCAAAGAAAGAAGUGAAGCGUGGACAACACCCAGCUGACUAUAGGAAAAGAAAUGUAUCAAUAAUAAAAAUUAAGUAUCAUUUAACCACAGCUGUGAAUAUGCUACACUGAGACUGGACUGGCUGGUUAAAAGAUUAGCCAGUUAUGGAAAAUCAUCUGAUUUCACCAGAUUUUGAUCCCUUUCACCACUAAUCACAUACACCUUAUGUCAUGGCUAACCAUUUUUGUGUUUCAGCCAUGUUUUAGCCAAUACUAGCUGCAUGGCUUCAAGGAUGGAAAUGUCGGUCAGCCCACCACUUUGGUCCAGCUUAAAAUAUCUCAACUGGUCAAUUGGUGGUCACCAGAUGAUGACUCCUACUGACUUUGGUGAUCCCCAGACAGGUGGAUUACCCUUACAUUUUGGACAGACAUUUGAGGUCCCCAGACUCUGCUUACCCUCCUGAAUUUUCUAGUUCCAUUAUCAGGUUUUUGCUUAUCCAGUGAAAUAUGUACUUAAUCACAUGGCACAAAAAUAGGCCCAUGUAUACAUACCACUGCAGAUUCCCACAAGGUAGAAGGUCUGAUAUCUGGCAUUUAAUUUUUUGCAUUAAAAUGCUGCUGUUCUGUAGUAACAUAGUCAACAAAUUUAUCACUCAGAUCUAUUCAUCCAUCUUCUAUACCGCUUGGUCUGUCAGGGUCGCAGGGGAGCUGGAGCCUAUCUCAGCUGACUACGGUGGAGAGACAGGGUACGCCCUGGACUAGUCGCCAAUCACAGGGCCGAUACACAAAGACAGACAACCACACACGCACACACUCACACACGGAGCAAUGUAGAGUAUCCAGUUAACCUAAUGUGCAUGUUCUUGGGAUUGUGGGAGGAAGCCGGAGUACCUGGUGAAAACCCAUACCGGCACAGGGAGAACAUACACCUGGGUUCGAACCUGGAACCCUCUUGCUAUGAGGUGACAGUGGUUAGCACUGUCGCCCUAUUACUGAGAUAUUGUUUUCAAAGUUUGUGUUUCUCUAUUGAAAUUCUUGUCUGGACUAAAGUGGUUGGCCAGCAACAGAAUGACAAACUGACCUUGCCAAAUAUUAAUUACUGGACUCUUGUAUUGAGUUGUGAAAACGCAAGUCUGCUUUUAAUUUGGCAUUAAUGCAGAUGAUGCUUACUAUCAUGGGUAACACAACCAAAGACAGCUUCAAGAUUCUACUAUUGUACUAUUUCAUACUAUGAAAUAGAAACACUGGAAAUGAAUGGAAACAAAUGGCUUCUUAGAACAAUAUAUCCUUAAAUCUAAAAUGAUUCAGAAUGCAUUUUGAAAAUGGUCAGCAAUGCUGUAAAAUAUUCAUCACUGGUAGUUAAACUUGUAUCCACUGGUAUAUUAAUGCUUUAGUUUGCCUCCUAUAUGGUGAUUUCCUACAUUUACCAAAAUGAAGGAAAUAUCUGAAGAAUGACUGGCAGCUUAUGUUUAUUUAAGAGUAGUGUAAGUGUAUGAACAUAAUUCAACACAUUUCAUCUUUGGACCUACUAACCAUAAACUAACCAUAAAUUAAGUGAUACAGGGUGUCAAUACACCUGAUACAAGUUUUCCUUUGACGAAAUGCCUCGUGUGUUUGACUGACCAACUGGCUGGAUUUUGAUUAAUUAACAUCUGAAUUGACCUGUUAAUGGACUGAUUACAUUUGGGUCUUUAACCAGAGCUGUGUGAUUAAUUUAUUGAUUUGGUAAGCAGCAUGAUAAUCAUGCGAAAUGUAAGAUCUACUACUGAUGGCUGGCACCUUCAGAUCUCAGCUAUCAGGUCUUACUGAUUUUGAAUCAAGAUAAACAGCACAAGCACAAAGUGAGCAGCAGUCACUCCCUUCCACGGCUCCAGGGCAGCUGGAAUUUUUGUAAUUAUAUUUGACCCUAUGCUACAGUUAUAUGUAAAAGUUUGGGCACCCCUGGGCAAAUUACAUAUUUUAUUUUACACACACCCUCCCUCUCCCCUCUGAGUGGUACAGCAGGACCUCAUCCCUCGCUGGCUUUCCACAUCAACACUACCAGUUGUGUUAAACCUAGGUCCUUUGUGGUUUUGGGUAAGGGCUUUAUUUUCUUAGCACCACCCCAACACUAUACCAGCAGUCAUCUAGUGGACCAUAUGCAGUAGUCAUAUCAAUAUAGUAGUAGUAGUAAGUUCCUCUACUAGUUCUAGUGUAAUGAAUUACUUCCACUGAUAAAUAUGCUACAUUGUCUGUAUGCUGACCCCCCGAGUCUGAAAAGACUACGUCAUUUUAGGAACUGAUACAUAUUCAUUCAUAUAUUGACUGUUUUACCAAUCUUGUUAUUCACACCACUUCUCUCUGCUUAUGCAAUUUCAUCAUGUGACAUUGCUCAGCAUAAAUUAAAUGCUUUCCAGGAGAGUGCAAAACAAUGGUAAGUGAGAGCCUUGAUGGAACGUACAGCCAUGGACAGUCUGUACUGAUGGUUGUAUUAUCAAGCAAUAUAGUUCGAGGCUUGGCAGUGUGGAGUCCUGUGCGUGAGAAACAGGCUCUCAGACUACAGAGUCAUGAAACUUCCACAGAAUAAACUCUGCAGUCUUCAAAGCUGUGAAACUUAUGAAUAAUAUAUUUUAAAAUAUGAUUUGUAUUUUGAAGUAUAAUGGAGUAUUUUAAAGUCUAACUUGUACAGUGUCUUUAUGAGAUAAGAGGUGAUGUACAUUGGUGACUAAUAUGUUUUUUUUUGUUGCCCCUCAUUUUACUAUACAGUAGAACUCACUGAGACUUCUGAGGACACAACUGGUCUAACUAGUCUAUUAUACUAUUGUGAAGGAUUAAAAAUAUCCUAUAAUUCCA